AUGGUUAAUCCAGUAAAACCCCCUCCAGGUUGGUUGGCCUUGCCGGCUACAGCAACCGAAGAGGAGAAGGGUUACUGGAAUGAAUUCCUGGAACAAUGGCAGCUGCAAGAGCGCAAGUUCGCCCAAGAUGAAGAAGAGUGGAGUAAGAUCUCACGAAGGUUGAGAAAGGAACCGGCAGGCAAACUGUACAAUCAUUAUAUUGGAAAGAAGGUGCCACCACAAGAUCUCACUUGGGGUCAUCUUGUCGCAGCUCUUAUCCUCUUUGGCAAGGAUCAGGUGAUAAACUCGACUUUUGGCAGGAGGAUCCAGGAGAAGUAUCCUAGAUCAGAUAUCACAACUAUGCAGUUCAACAAACGGGGGCCAACUAUCAGAAUUCCAGCUCAAAAUAAUGGAAGAGGAAGGUCAAGGCAAGCUGAGAGCGAACAUGAAGAAGAGGAUCGUGAAGAAACGGAAGAAGAAGAGCAACAACAACCAGAACAAGAGGAACAAGAACAACAAGUCCAACAAGUACAACAACCAGAACAAGAGGAACCUGAACAACAGGUACAACAACAAGGACAACAGAUACAACAACAGCAGCAGCAAGAAGGAGACGGAAACCAUAGAGUCCUCGAAGAGAUCCAAGUGUCAGCGCCAGUAUCAGCACCAGUGCCAGCACCAGCACCAACGCCAGUGCUAGCGCCAGUGCCUUGGAACACAAGGAAUCGUUUCACCAAUACCACCAGUUCAGGGCCAAGAAGCAGUAGCUGGCGAAGCGGCAACCUUUUCUCAGCCCCUCCUCCGACAAAUCCAACCAACAAUCAUAGUCAGUCUCCUCACCCUCGACAAGGAACGACUAGCCCAAGAGACAGCGCGAGGCAGGCCCAAGGAGGAGAGAGCGCCACCAGUUUUCCUUCUAGAUCUAGUUCUAAACAGCCUCUGGCAGAUCCCCAAUCUGACAAACCCCAAGCCAGCGGUCCUGUCCAGAAUCGAGAAUCCCCACCUCAGCCAGACUCUAACAUAAACGUCAUCUCAAACUCCGACCUGGACACCACCAUCAACGUUGCUCAAGAAAAUUCAGACUCAGACCUCAGACAGACUCACAAUCGUAUGACCAUCAACAGCAGUCCCGGGCCCGGAGACGGUUGUGAUGGAAUCUAUCUAGCGGAAGACGCCGUUGCCGCCGCCAACACUACGACCGGCAAUGUGUUCCCUAGCAGUAAUUUCCACAGCAUUGAUCUCACGAGCACUGAGCUUACCGCUAGCUCUGUGACCGACCAGUCUCGCAAUAGCAGGUUUUCCAGCAAUACCUCCGUCAACAGGUUCAAUGGUUCUGUCUUCCCUCCAAGUCCAUGGAGCACGGCAACGAGCAGGCCCACUCCCAGAAAGCGAAAUAUUGACCAAGUUGGAGACGAUAUCACACCAAGGCCCAGCCCAGCCUCCCCAGCUGUAUGGGCAUCGCUCUCAAAUCCGUCUUCCCCUUAUGUUAGCACGUUUGGAAAGCCUGCCAAUUCGACUUACGGGCACCUCACCAACCACACUGGGGCUCUUGAGCAAAUUUUACAACGCUACCAUCAGUUAGGUGGCUAUGUAAUUAGCCUGGACGGGCCUGAAAAUGAGCACUCACGACUGCGUGACAACGGCACCAAUAUAAUUCGCGAUAUUAAGACCUGGGGCUUGGAGGUAAUCGAAUCAAGAAACAGGGCCAUGGCCGAACUCGAAAGCCUUCGCGAAUCUAACAAUAAGUUUGUCAAUUCAAAUAAAGACUUGGAGUUGGCAAACGCCGCAAAGGCAGAAGCCGACAAAGCCCUUGACACGCUUGUUUCCCAAUUUGCCGAGCACUUGUCAGACAACAGAAAAAAGUUUGACACGUUCCGGCAAGAUGUUGAGAAGUCAAUUGAGGAAAAUGAAGCAAAAACGAGUCGCUCCUUGCACGAAAAACUGGAGAGUCUGGAGGCCCAGAUGAACACCACAACCGCCACUUUGAAGGAGGAUCGUGCUAAAGAAAUGGAGAUGAUGCAGUCCAAGUUGGAGCGUUUGGAGGCGAUGCUCGAAGAAUCGACUGAAAAUAAUAAACAAUUAGAGAAGCAUAUUUCGGGGCUCACUGGUGUCGUCGCUGAUGUCGGCGCUGCCACUGGUGUUGUCCACUCAGAACAACAAUGGAAUACAGCACUCGCACAGUAUGGGCUGCGAUAA